AAAAAAUCGCUCUGCGUUCGAUUGCUUUUGUCUGCCGCUCAUCUGUAGAUUGGUCGCGCCUGCGCGGAAGCGUGUAUUUCCAGUAAACAUGGCAGCCACACAGGGUUCGAACCCGUCCCAGUUGCUCCCACUCGAGCUUGUGGACAAAUGUAUUGGUUCACGAAUUCACAUCGUCAUGAAAACGGACAAAGAAAUCGUCGGAACCUUGUUAGGUUUUGAUGAUUUUGUCAACAUGGUGUUGGAGGACGUGACAGAAUUUGAAAUCACACCAGAGGGAAGGAGGAUAACAAAGCUGGAUCAGAUCCUCCUGAAUGGAAACAACAUCACCAUGCUCAUCCCAGGUGGAGAAGGUCCAGACGUGUAGAUGUUCCGUUUUCCUCAUGUACAUACGCCUUUGGUUGUUCUGGGUUGAUGUUAGUUUGCAGAUUUGUCUCCUUUUUCGUUUUAAUUAUUUUUUUUAGUGAUGAUUCUUUAAGGUUUGAAUGCAUCAUGUCAAAGACAAAAAGCUCUUUUUGUUAUAAAUAAACCAGAAGAUAAAACACA